AAAUAUUAAAAAUUAAGGUUCAUUUUAAAGUAAAUUCGUUAAUAGCACCGAGUUACUGUUGAGUUUUAACAAUAUAGAUAGUAUAUCUUAAUACAAAAAAGAAAUAUACAUUCCGAAAAUGCACGGAAGAGUUAAAGUUCGUACAUCGGAAGAAGAAAAGGCACGAAAGGAAAAGGAACGUCAAGAGAAACUGAAAAUAUUUAAACAUGCAAUGAAAAAAAUACAGCAAAAGAGAAGUGACUCUGAGCUGGAUAAGGAGCUGUUAGAAAUUACUGGCCAGGUGCUAGUAGCUAACCCAGACAUUUAUACACUGUGGAACAUAAGAAGAGAUAUCUUAAAUAUUUUUAAAAAAACUGAAGAAAAUGCUGAGGAGUUGUCAAAGUCUUUUGAUGGGGAAUUGAAUUUAACUGAAUAUUGUCUGAAAGUGAAUCCAAAGUCUUACUGCGCCUGGCACCAUAGAGAGUGGGUGCUCACUAGCAGGUGUGACCCGGACUGGAGGAAAGAACUUGCGCUAUGUGACAAGUAUCUCAAAUUAGACGAAAGGAACUUUCACACUUGGGACUACAGGAGGUUUGUGGUGCAACAGUACAAGCCACCACUAAAGGACGAGUUUGAUUUCACAACAGAAAAAUUGUAUGAGAACUUUUCAAACUACUCUGCUUGGCACUACAGAAGCAAGAUGCUAGUAGAAUUGUAUCCUGAUUUAGAAGCGGGGCGCCCCAUCGAGGACAGCCACCACCGACACGAGCUGGAGCUGGUGCAGAGCGCCGCCUUCACCGACCCCGACGACACCAGCGCCUGGUUCUACCAGCGCUGGCUGCUAGGAGCUGUAAAAGAAGCCACUCAAGUGGUUGUCUGCAGAGUUUCUCCAAAGAAGACAACAGUAGCGAUGAACAAAAAUGUGUCCAAAGACUUUGUUCAGAGCAAGAUAAAGAUAAUGUUUAACGAUACUUGUGUAGAUGGCGAAUGGACAUCCUGCACUGGAAACAAUUUUGAUAAUUUAUGGAUAUAUGAUAUUCAUAACGCUAUAACUGAUGACCUAGAUGUUAAGCUUCUGUUUGAAGAUGACAACAAUGAAACACAGGUUCUGUCAUGUAAGAGGCUCGAUGGAUCUACCUAUAUUGGCAAGUCUAAAAUUAGUUUCCAAAGGCAAUAUUCCAAACCAGUCAUAGAUGAACUAAAAAAGCAGUUGGAUUCAUGCCGGCAACUGCUUGACUUCGAGCCGGACAGCAAGUGGACCCUGUUGACGACAACCAUAUUUCUACAUUGCAUAGAUCCUAAGCAACAUCACGACGAAACUAUAACCAAAUUACAGUUACUGAAAACGAUUGAUACGUUACGAGCAGGAUAUUAUGAUGAUUUAAUAACCAAAUGGAAUAUUGAGAAUGUUCUCAGUGAAAAAUAUGAUGAAAAUGUUGAUGUUAAUCUCAAAAUUACAUUGAGUGAGAAGAUUGCCUGUCUGCCACACCUGCAAUACUUUAGUUAUUGUGAGACCGUAGAUUUGAGCAAUCAGAACUUGACAUCCCGCGUUCUGCCAUCGCUGGUAGUUUUGCAACACUGCAAGGUACUAAAUUUGAAGAAUAAUAAAUUAUCAACUCUGAAAGGAUUCCCAAUAUUGCAGUUACAAGAAUUAGACUUGAGUGAGAACGACAGCCUGACCAGUGAAGAAAUUCAAUCAUUUAGGAAUAGGGUAACUUACAAUGUAAUUUAUUAACUCUUAGCUUAUUUCAAUGUACGUACGACUACGACCAACAGCUUCUACUAAUAAAUAAGACAACUGCUUCAUACUAUC